AAGUAGUAAGUAUUAAAAUGAGCGUGUUGUGAAACUUAGUUAAAAAACAAAAAGAACGCGUAUAUAUUUGCACAAUUCAAAGAAGAUUCAAUUCAAAGAAGUUCUUUUUUCUUUUCUUCUCUUCUCCACAAACACAAGACAAGACUCCAAAUAAACAAACAAAACCAUUUUUUCUAUUCCAUGGAAGCAAACGAAGCUUCACCGUUUGAGAGCAGCGAGAUGCUCGCAACUUUCUUGAUUUCUACGCCUCUGUUGCCGGAGUCGUGGAAGCUAUGCAGUCAGGCUAACGCCGCCGCCGCCAACCUCCGAAGUUUUGUGGUGGAGCGUAUUGGCACCGUCGUGUAUGUCGCUUUCUCCGGUGUUGGAAUGAUUGGUGGGUCGGAUCCAAGUUGGAGAAAUUUGGUGCCGUUAGAAAGCAUCGGUGGUGUACCGUUGUUUUCGCCGCGUCGGAAUAAGGAUGCGGAGGAGCCGGUGAUGAUUCACGAAGGGAUGUUGAAUCUCUUUUCGUCCAUUUUCAACUCAAUCCAAAACCAGGUGUUGGGAAUAUUGGAAACCACAGACACAAAAUCAAUUGUGAUCACUGGCCAUUCCAUUGGAGGAGCAACAGCCUCUCUUUGCACUCUUUGGCUUAUAUCUUACCUCCAAUCAAUCUCUUCAUCAUUAUCAGUAAUGUGCAUCACUUUUGGCUCACCAUUACUUGGUAACAAAUCAUUUUCCGAAGCCAUUUCCAAAGAAAAAUGGCGUGGAAAUUUCAUUCAAGUAGUAUCAAAACAUGACAUAAUGCCAAGAUUGUUAUUUGCACCCAUUACACCUCUCACUUCUCAGCUAAAUUUCCUACUUCAGUUUUGGCACUUAUCAAUGACUUCACCAGAAUUUGGAAAACUUGCAAAACAAGUUUCUGACAAAGAUAAAGCAAAGUUGUUCACUGCUGUGAUGGAUUCUUUAGAAGCUUCAACACAAAACGGAGAAAUUUCAAGCUCAAUUUUAUUUCAUCCUUUUGGAAACUACUUUUUUGUUUCAGAAGAAGGAGCUUUAUGUGUUGAUAGUCCGGUUACGAUUAUUAAGAUGAUGCAUUUGUUGCUCUCGACUAGUUCUCCAUCUGGGAGUAUCGAGGAUCAUCUUAAGUAUGGAGAAUAUGUUAAUAGAUUGUCUUUGGAAAUGUUGAAUCAGAAAAAUUCUUUGCUGAGGAACAUUCCUAACUCGAGCUAUGAGGCGGGGCUCGAAUUGGCCAUCCAAUCUUCUGGUUUAGCAGACAAGGAAUCUGCUGUCAUCAUACCGGCCAAAGAAUGUCUGAAGUUAGCAAGGCGAAUGGGUCCAUCGCCAGCUCUGAAUGCUGCAAGCCUAGCAUUAAAAUUAUCAAAGGUUAACCCUUACAGAGCCCAAAUAGAAUGGUACAAAUCAUGGUGUGACGAACAAGAUGAUGAAAAGGGAUACUAUGACUCGUUCAAAACCAGAGGCGCUUGCAAAAGAGAGAUGAAAGUCAACAUUAACCGUCAGAAACUAGCUAGAUUUUGGAAUAAUGUGAUUGACAUGUUAGAAAAAAAUGAACUUCCUCAUGACUUUGACCAAAGAGCCAAAUGGGUUUGUGCUUCACAAUUCUACAAACUUUUGUCUGAGCCACUUGAUAUAGCUGAAUAUUAUGGGAAAGGGAUGCAUAGAGUAAAGGGUCAUUACCUGGAACAUGGUAGAGAAAGAAGGUAUGAGAUAUUUGAUAGGUGGUGGGAGAAUAGAAUAGUAAGUACUGGUGAAGACAAUAAAGAGAGAAGCACAUUUGCAAGUUCAACACAAGAUUCAUGUUUUUGGGCUAAAGUUGAAGAAGCAAGGGAUUGGUUGAAUUGUAUGAGAAGUGAAAGAGACACUAACAAGUUGGCUAUGUAUUGGGAAAAAAUUGAAAACUUUGAGAAAUAUGCCAUUGAAUUGAUUCAGAAUAAGGAAGUUUCUUCUGAUGUUUUAGCAAAGAAUUCAAGUUAUAGUACAUGGGUGGAGGAUUUAAAAGAAAUGAAACAACUGAGAGCAAAUGUGCCGAGGUAUCCUCAUCAGUUUACGCGUUUUCUGGAUGGAGAAGUUGUUCCUUAGUACUUAAUUUGGAAUCAAUAAGUUUAACUUAUUGUGAGCAUUGUAUGUGUGUAUAAAAAUAAUGCUCCUUCUGCUGAAUAACUCGUUUUAGUUAUGAGUUAUAUGAUUUCAUAAAUGCAAAUUUCCUUAGUAUGCUA